AUGCCCGGCAUCGAGGGCUACCGCCACUUCGUGCUCGGCACGGAGCUCGACGCGGUCCCCGAGGGCCACAAGGUCGCGGUCUUUGCCAACGGGUGCUUCUGGGGCAGCGAGAAGGGCAUCUGGCGCUUCCCCGGCGACGGCAUCACGUCGACGGCCGUGGGCUACUGCGCGGGCUUCACGCCGAACCCGACCUACGAGGAGGCGUGCAGCGGCCGCACGGGCCACACGGAAGGCGUCCGCGUCGUCUACGACCCGGCCAAGGUCUCCUUCGUCGACAUCCUCCGCUGGUUCUGGGAGGCCCACGACCCCUGCAGCGGCAUGGGCCAGGGCAACGACCGCGGCACGCAGUACCGCUCGGGCUUCUACUACUUCGACGACGACCAAAAGGCGCUCAUCGAGGCGUCGAUGAAGGCCUACGAGGCCCAGCUCGGCCGGCCCAUCACGACGGAGGUCGCGGCCGCGAGCGACUACGACCAGUACGGGGGGCUCUGGUUCUACGGCGAGCAGUACCACCAGCAGUACCUCGCCAAGCCCGGGUCCCGGCCCUACUGCUCCGCGCAGCCCCAGGGCGUCGACCUCGCGCCCUUCGAGUCCUGGUGCCCGCCGGGCCUCGAAAGCUACGCGCCCAAGCUGCCCGAGGCCUUCUGGGACGCGCACAAGCCGCGCAAGGGCUGCUCCGUCGUCAACGCGCCCAACGAGCCCGUCGUCAUGUAG